AUGAAUGGAUUCCGUCCAGCCGUUUGGGAUCCGUUAUUGAUCAUUGGUCAGAUUGGAUGCAAUCAAUCCAUGUUUUAUGCUUCGCAAUGCUUGUUAAUGUUGGGCUGGUCAUUUUUCACACCUUAUAAGCCAACAAUUGAUCAUAUUUUUAGCCCAAUCGUAAGUUUUUUCUUUUUUUUAUUUGGUUUUAGGCGGUCCAACCUUUGGAUCUUGGAUAAUAUUGGAAAGACGCCGAAAUUAUCAAUCUUUAAGUGUUAAUGAUAUUUUCUUUCAGACAGCACGGCCAAUAAGUAUAGUACAGAUAAUCUCAGCCGCAUUGCUGGGCUAUGCCUUCUCUUUGGUUGUUCAGCGAGCCAAGAACUGCCUGGAUUUCGCGUGCACCGUGCACUUUUGGCAUUUUGUGAUGGUUGUGAUAUACAACGCCACGAUACCGACCCAACUAACGUGGUGGUUGUUGCAGUUAAUCAGUGUGACGAUAUGUACAGUUGUGGGCGAGUACUUUUGCUUCAGGAACGAACAGCUUGAGAUUCCAUUGACAACGACAUCUUCUACGAAUCCGAACAAAUAA